AUGGCCACCAAAUCUGGACGUGAUACAAUUUCUGGACCCCGCCGCAAGUUGGCACUCGUAAUUGGCAUUGGUGACUAUGAAAGUGGUGACACAUUACUUAAUACAAGAAAAGACGCACGUGAUAUGUCAUCUAAGUUGGAUAGCAUUGGCUUUAUUUCUGAUGGGCCAAAAUUAGAUUUGACACACGAAGCUAUGGAACUUGCUCUAGUUAAAUUUAAACAUUCAAUAAGAGAAGGAGACAUGGUUCUGUUCUAUUUUGCUGGACAUGGAACACAAUGGGAGGAUCAAAAUUUUCUCAUACCAAAAGAUGAUGGCAAUAUAGAGGCUGCUAACAUACACGAGCGAGCGAUUCUGAUACAAAAGUUUCUAAACGAUUUCGAGGAUCGUCAUCCAUUCGCAACGAUAAUUCUCUUGGAUUGUUGCAGAAUAUACCACUUACGCAAUACUCAAUUGGUCAUGGCGCUAGCACGUGCAAAAAAUGCGAAUGCUCCUAAGCCAACUGGUUUAAAACAAAUGGAUGGAAAAGUUGGAACGCUGAUUGCAUUUGCUUGUGCUCCUGGAACAAUAGCAAACGAUGGAAAAGCUGAACAAAAUGGUUUAUUUACAAAACAUCUACUAGAACAUAUUGGAACUCCCAAUAAAGAUAUUCGAAUGGUAAUGGCUGCUGUCACCAGAGGAGUAAUGACCGAAUCAGAACUCAGGCAAAAACCGUCUAUUAGUCUUACAUUAUGGGAUGAAUAUAUAUGUUUAUUCGAACAAAGUUCAGGUAAACAGUAG